UGACGUGAUACAGGUAGGCGACCCUGAAGCCGUAUGCCUGAGGUUACGGUGGGGUGUUGGUGGGUUUAAGUAUCGAAGUUAAAAGACCGCCACUGUCUCGGAUUCUUCAGUGAGACUUAACACUCCUUGACUUUAUUUGAACAGCAUGGCCGUGAUAACAACAUUAGUGUUGUUGAGUUGGAUUACGAUAACAAACGCGAUUCCAGGAACUGGACGGGGCUUCCUUGGACGUGUGGAUCCUGAAGAUUCGGGAAUGAUCAAAGUGGACAAGGCGACUUCAGACGCCCUGCAGAGUGGUCUCACCACCGUCUUCCUCCCUAUCGUCUACAUCUUUGUAUUUGCCGUAGCGCUGCCCACCAACGCCAUGGCUAUCUGGGUUUUCGUAUUCAGGACUAAGAAGAAGCACCCCUCCUCUAUCUACAUGGCCAACUUGGCCUUGUCAGACCUGCUGUUUGUCAUUUGGAUCCCACUUAAAAUCUCCUACCAUCUGAACGGCAACGACUGGAUCUACGGAGAGGCCAUGUGUAAGCUGUACGUGAGCUUCUUCUACGGCAACAUGUACUGCUCCGUGCUGUUCAUCGCCUCCCUGAGCAUGCAGAGGUACUGGGUAGUGGCCCACCCUCUGUCCCAACAGCGCAAGAACAACAAGAUGGCAGUCAUUGUGUGUGCGUGCAUCUGGGCCUUCAUCUGGCUCAGCACCACGCCCCUGUAUCUGUACGAGCACACGGCGCAUCUUGCCGACCCCAACAUCACCACCUGCCAUGACGUCAGCGUGAUCCAUGACAGCAAGGACCCCUUCCCCUCGGUUCAGUACCCGUACUACUACUUCAUGUUCACGGCGCUGGUGGUGUUCCUGGUGCCCUGCGUGCUCAUCGUGGUGGCCUACGUCCUACUGCUGCGCUCGCUGGACAGCAGCAUGGGGGACGGCGCCGCCAGCAAGAAUCGGCAGCGGGCGGUGCAGCUGAUCGCCACUGUGCUGCUCACCUUCCUGCUGUGCUUCCUGCCCAGCAACAUCAUGCUGGUGGUGCACUACUCGCUACUGAAGGACGGCUCGGAAAACAACUUUUAUGCCUUCUACGUCACGGCGCUGUGCCUGAGCAGCCUCAACAGCUGCCUGGACCCCUUCAUCUACUACUUUGUGUCGGAGGACUUCCGCGACCACGUCAAGAACACCCUGCUGUGCCGCAGCAGCCGCACUGUGGAGCGGAUGCGCGUGUCGUUCAGCUCUCUGAAGUACUCCCGCAAGAGCCAGGCGUACACGUCGGACUCGGGGAACACUCAGAGCAGCAGCUGCUGAAGGAGGAACCAAGAGACUGACCCGGGUCAUUACCCUGACCUGGACCCUGGUCCUGACCCCGAUUAUGACCCUGACCCAGAUCCUAAUCAUCUAUUGACACGUUGUUGUUGUUAUUUAGGGGACUAGAGCUGUGAUGACCACGGCGACGUGUGGAUUCAGUGUUGUUUUAGCACGUCUAGGACUGAACUAUUAUGGUCAAUAGAAAGAGCCUGAAAUCCCUGCACACGCACACACAAAUGAGCCAUGAUUGUUACCAAUGUAGAUGGAAGAUAUGGGCUAUUUAUGUUUUAAUGAUUCCAGCACCGUAAACAGCAGGCCUGUAACAAGACUGUAAACAGCAGCCAGGACUCUUCAUCAUUUCACUUUGAAUGUAUAUUUAGGGGUACAAUGUGAGAUACCCUGAUUAUUUAUUUAUCUUUUUCGUUGUAAUUAAAUACUGGAAAACUUCAAAGGAUUAUAUUAA